UUAACCGCGGUUUGAGCGUAGCGUUCAUUAGUUGUUAUGUUGUCUAGGGAAGAGUUACGGCGCUCCUGUAAAUGUAGUAUAAGCUCCGGUUUCUGGCAGCAAAACGCAGGAUGGAUUACCGGUGAUUGUCCGAGGAAUCCGAGAUCUCCGGAAUGUUUUGACGGUCCUUCCCUGGAUGGCAUCUAUUUCGGGAUGCGACUGGGGACAGUGCGUUUAAGUGUGCUAGUCUUUUCCUAAAAGUGGUAUACGUUUAGAAUAAAAUCAUGUCAAGGCUGAAUCGGAGAGUUUUUUUCAUUCUCAGACAGUAACACAUUUUAAGUGAAAGUUGCAUAUUUCUUCAUGGAUGCAGUCAGUAGCAGAAUAUUAAAUAACAUUUAUGGAAUAAUGACUUUAAUUGUGUAGCUGUUCCACUCCCAUUUUUUAAAUUAAGCUUUUUUUGUAACGGGUUCCCCCUGAAUCCUCUAUAGGUUUUUUUUUUACGCGUAAUUUCCAUCAUGUUUACUUUCGCUGCCUUCUGCUAUAUGCUCUCCCUGGUCCUCUGUGCUUCUCUCAUCUUCUUCGCGAUCUGGCACAUAACAGCCUUUGACGAGCUCCAGGAAGACUUUAAGUGUCCCAUUGAUCAAGGAAAUCCACUUCAUGCGCGAGAGAGGCUCCGCAACAUCGAGAGGAUCUGCUUCCUGCUGCGGAAGCUCGUCCUGCCUGAGUACUCCAUUCACGGGCUGUUCUGCAUCAUGUUCCUGUGCGCACAGGAAUGGCUGACAGUGGGCCUCAAUAUCCCUCUGCUCUUCUACAACACGUGGAGGUACUUCCACAGCCCCACGGACACCCCAGAACUGCCCUACGACCCGGCGUCCGUCAUGAACGGCGACACACUGAAGUUCUGCCAGAAGGAAGCCUGGUGCAAGAUGGCCUUCUUUGUUCUCUCCUUCUUUUACUAUCUGUACUGUAUGAUCUACACUCUGGUAACCUCAUAACAGGGGAGAAGCCGAGAAGAACGUCCUAGGACCGUUUCUAGCACAAAUAGAGGUUCCGCAGCCCAAAAACUAACACCCCUCUCUGAAGCACAGCACGAAAUAAGGAGGAAAGGCGUUAUCUGAGUCGUUUAGCUACAGUGGAUCCAGUCUCCGCAAAGUAUGUAAAAAAUAAUUGUUUACAGUUAAAGGUCAAAGACUGAUAUGUCUUAUACAUGCUUCAAAUUAGCCAUUCACGUUCGUCUCUUCCUCCUAGGUUAAUACUCAUAAACUAAGCCUUGUAAUGGCCAGGAGCAACUUGUUCAGUAGUUCUUAGUUUGUACAGUUUGCCUCAGGCUUGUUUGGUUGUCUGAGUCCCCAGUCAUUUCAAUUUUUGGUAUGUUGACUGACACAGAUUAAACCAGCAGGUCAAAGCAAAGUCAAAACAGCAGACAAGGUCAGUGAAUGUUGUAUUUUUACUUAACCCAUAUAUGGCUUCCGUAUCCAUAUACACAAAAUACACAACUAGCUUAUGUAAUGUGUGCAAUAGUGCAUUCUGGGGAAAAAGGCUGUUUUUGAUACAUGAUUUAUAAUGUAUUAUUAUGUGGAUAUAUGGUUUCUUUGUGACGCUCUUGUGUUGUUAUGUGGUAAUGGAAACCAUUACAAAAGUAAGACUUUACUAUUUAUCAAACAAAAAAGUAAGGAUUAAAAAAGGUUAAUAUUAGAAGUCUUUGCUUAAGUACAAAUAGCCAGUAUGAUUUUGCACAAUAGCCAGUAUGAUUUUGCACAAUAGCCAGUAUGAUUUUGCACAAUAGGCAGUAUGAUUUUGCACAAAUUAGCAUUAUUUAUAAGUUUGAUACUGUACAUUUGUACGCCCUGAUAGGGUAAAGGUCUUCCAGAACACCCAAAAUGUUAAUUCCUAUUUUAUUUAGUAAACUGCGCUGUAUAAUUAACAAAACGUCCACAUUCUUAAUGGUAUCAUAGACCAAUGUUUUCAUCCAUCCAUCCAUCUUCCAGCUACUAAUCCAGCGUAGGGUCACUCAGAUUUUAAAAAAAUCGUCUGUUAAUUUAUUUGUCAUAAAUAUCAUUGUGGCCUGAUUUUCAUUUGAUUGAGGCUUAAAUCGAUCUCUAAGUGUCGCCACUGAUGUUGUUUUCCUCUCCGACGCUUGCAGAAUGUGGCAUUCAGUCUCUGGCCUCAUUCAGAAUUCUGUUAAAAACAUCCCAGCUCAGUUUCUUUGCAUGUCAUUUCACAGCUUCCCUGAGAACAGGCACUGACCGAUAAUUGAAAGGCUUUUUUUCCCCCACCAGUCUCCAUAGUAUAUAAACGCUCAGAGCAGUGAAGGUACUUGCUGAUGCAGUCAGUAGCCCAAUGUGAGAACAGCUGUUUGUCGAAAAUACAACACACACCAUCGCUUAUCCUAGUCUACGUUUGCCAACUUUUUUAAGAUACUCCCUUCAAUACUUUUUUUCCAGAAAACUUUUCACAAAGGAACACAAAAAAAAAACCUUUAUUGCUGUACGAUCUUAUUCCAUUAUUUAAUUUCUGUUGUGUGUAUCCUGUGAUUAGUUGAAUCAUUAUGAAAUAAAGUAGUGAUUUUAAAAAUAA